AUGUCAGGCCCUUCUCUCUGUCUCGUAGUAGAUCUGAAAUAUCAUUUCUGUUUGCGUCAAUUCCGUUGCCUUCACCCACACAAAGCCACCGCCGCUCGCCAACUCCGACGUCCUUCGGACAACCCAUCCGUUGCUUGCCACAGUGGCUUGGUCUUUCUCCAUGACAUGCCCCGCCUUCUCAACACCUCUUCUGCUCUCCGCAACCGAAAUCGUAUUACCAACAAACAUCGUCUCAAAAUCUUCAAGGGCGAACUCGAAACCGAGCCAUACAUCCCAGAUGAUGAUGAGGAGAAGAGUAGAUCUACGCUUGCCGUGGCAGGCGUUGACCAGGAGGAUGCGAAUGAACACCAUCUCCAAGCUGUUCUUUCAGAGGCCGCUCGACGCAACCAGGUAAUACAGCGACCAAUCCGUGGUGGUGCAGACAAGAAAUUUCAACCAGCCACCGCCACAGCAUACAUCCCGACACCUGACUCAACCGGUUCCGUGGACAACUACUCCCAACUCUAUCCUUCCAACCGUUGGAAGGACCCACUAACCUAUGUAUGCUCUUCGCAAACCGUUGAGGAGGCUAUUCUAGAUGGUCUUGCUCAAGAUUGCACCUACUAUAUGGAUGAGCGGGAUAAAGACUGGCUGGACAAGAACAACGAAGAGGCUCGAGGGGAAGGAACUAGUGCCCAUGGUGCCAUCUCGUCAACUGCACGUAUGACAUCCCGAAGUGCCAAGGCCAAGGGCAAAGAGCCAGAGCAAGCUGUUGCCACCCUCAUUACUGAACAACAAAUGGAGCUCACCAUGGGCUUAUUCGAGAAGAUUACUCACGAGAGACUAGAGCUUUUUCAUUUGAGCAUCACUGGCAUGGAGUUUCCGACCUUCGCUGAUUAUUCGGAGGUUUUCAAGCAACCUCUUCACCCGUCGAACUUUGCUGCAUUACAGGUUCCUGUCUGGGUCCCACCCCCACAAACCAUGGUUCAAAUUGCUCGUGCGAUCUACAGUCACUGGAAAGAUCGUAAAUUGGAACGUGAGGGUCAUAGAAUAAUGCCAACACUCAAUGGAGAUGAGAACGAUCUAGCAAAUGAAUCCUAUGUCUGCUUUCGUCGACGAGAGAUCAAGGCUGUUCGUAAAACCCGUGCUCAAGUCACGUCUUCUGACAAGCUCCAACGCUUACGAGACGAGUUUGUACAUCCACUGGAUCUGGCCAAACAUGUCCUUGCUAGGGAAACCAUGAAGCAGGAAAGUGUGCGGCAGUCACAGGAUGUAUGGGAGAAACGAAUGGCAAUCGUCGAUUUGAAGCGCAAGUAUCCCGCGCUUGUAGGUGACGAAGAGCUGUUGAUUGAUAAGGAGCGACCGGUGAAAAAGCCAGAGCCCUCUUCGCGACUAAGUGGAUUACCGGGACUGAAGAUCAAGACCCCACUCGAGCCCAGUGCCCCGACACCGCGGGUCGAGCCAAUGAUGCGACCGCAAGCGCGCUCAGCCAUGAUUCAGAGCAAAGUCGAUAUCGAAAUGACAAGACAAAAAGAUCAUGGGUGGGAGGAUGGCGUCACGAACUCGUAUCAAACUCCCUAUUCGUCAUUGUCUUCGAAGCUUUUCAGAUUCCCAUCUCCUCCAACACCUCAGGUUGAACCUAUCUCUCGCGGGGUCCGUGUUCGUAUGGGCCGAGGAGGUCGAAUCAUGCUCGAUCGGCGGUCUACAUCAUCACCCAAGAUUGUCAUUGGUGCUCGUUCGACCUUGGUUGGCUCAUCUGCUUCUCAAGAUGUCGAUGAAGAGUCUUGGCAGAAGAUGAGAGAAAGGUGGCGAUUUGAUGUAGACGAUGAGCCAGUUAUGGGACCGAAUGGGUUCGAAGAGCAACAUCGUUCGCUCAUUGAUGAGUAUGACCCAACGUACUUGCAGCAUCAUUCUUUGGGACUUUUGACGGACACUGAUCACCAAACCCUGGUCAACGAUUCUUCAUUGCGCUUUGUGACGAGUGAUGGCAGUCAAGAAACCAAGCCAGGAUUUAGAUUGGGCAUUCCAUACAUGCAACGUAAAGAUCCAGUCCCCCGAAACCCCGCCUCUGGCGUGACACCUAUGAUUUCACAGCAAAGUGGGUCAGCAGGAAUGAAUGGAGCGCCCGUUGCCACCCAGAUGAAGAAGUUGCAACCAGCGCCUGGUCCGCCUCUUCGUAUCUCGUCUAACGGUGGAAUGCGACCUCCUUCCAAUCAUACUUCGCCGCCACAAUCAUCUAGUCAUCCCCAACACUCUCCCAGUCCUCAUCCUCCCAUAAAUGUCCCUCAUCUCGAGCAGCCUCCUACGCAUGAAGUACAGCUUCGCACGACCCAUGUGCCAAGUCACCCACUUCCGGAGGCGGCCUUGUCCCAAGAGGGCAUGAUGAACGGUUUUCGAGCCAACUCUCCUGCUCGUCCGAAAUCACAAAACCAGUUUGUGAACGGGACUCCGCUGAAUGGCUUUCAAGUGACUUCGACAACAAAUGGUUAUGGCCAUUACCUGGUCCAGCCGCCGUCCAACUUGAGUAUGCAACAGAUACAGAACCUCAAAGCCGCAUUCUCUGUUAACUCGCCGAGCCCGAAUCUUCAACAUCAGCAGCUGCCGUCGUCCUAUCCAUCCAACUCGAAUAACUUUGCUAUGGGAAUGACUAAUAACGGAAAUCUCAACCUCAAACUCCCCGCUUCUCGCCAGAUGAACUGGACGCCAGUGCGACCGGGUUCGGUGGUGAACGGAAUGGGGGAGAAUGGAAUAAUCCAACAUAACUCUCUGUCCCCAAGCCCCAACCAUCGACAUGCUAUACCUAUUCCAGUGCGGACUCCGUCUGCAAAUGGAGGAGGUCUGCGACCCAUGAUGUCGAUUUCGCCUCACCAGCAUCCUUCACCGAUGAUGAGUCAGUCUCCUCCACGAAUUCCUAUGAGUUCUCCAGCGAUGCAGGCUGGGGGCUUUCCUGGUGUCUACUAG